GAAAGGUUCUCUCUCUCUCUCUCUGUCUUUCUGUCUCUCUCUGCCAUCUUUUGUCCUCACCACUAUCUGACACACUGCUCCCCUCUAUAUGGCGUAAACUCGAUAGCUGAUAGUGCAAGCAAAGCAAAGCAAGCACCCCCACUUUUUUUUUGGGGGUUCUCUAAUCUGAAUCUCCCUCUCCUAAAACUGAACUGUGCAUUCCUCUUUGUCUGUUAAAAUCUGCUUUUUUGUCCUCCCACACCACCUCUAUAAGCAGCUCCUGUUUAGUGCUUCACUACCAAAAUCCACCUCCAAAGCUCUCUCUCUCUCUCCUUCAUCUUCUACUUCCUUCUAUUACUCUAAUUCUACUCUCUUUUAACCAAAUCAUCUUUUUUCUUUUCUUCUAACCAACCAUGUCUACAACAUAAGGUUUGCUCUAUCUUGUUGUUCUUCUUCAUCUCCAAUUGAGUUUAAUUAAAGAGAAGAAAGCUAGCUAGCUACAAGUCUCCAAGGCUAGGAAAGAAUGGAACUUUCGAGUCAAGAAGGCGAAAUCCCAAUCCCAAUAAACAGCAGUACUACAUAUGGACAUGGUAAUGGUCAUGGUCACGGACUCAUGAUUCACCAUGACCAUAACCACAUUAUAUCCUCCACGGCACCUUCAAAUGGCAUACCUACCAUGCAGCAGGAGGAGGAUCAUGGACUUGGAAGCUACAAGAAAGUAGUUCGGUACAGAGAAUGCCUGAAGAACCAUGCAGCAGCCAUGGGAGGGAAUGCCACUGAUGGGUGUGGUGAGUUCAUGCCAAGUGGAGAAGAAGGGACCAUAGAGGCACUGAACUGCUCUGCCUGUCAUUGCCACAGAAACUUCCACAGAAAGGAAGUGGAGGGUGAGCCUUCAUGUGACUACCACCACCUCAACAUCAACAGAAGAAGACACAUUCUAGGCCCUCACAAGAACCUCCUCCCACCUGAGGCUCUGGGAUACCCUACAGCUGCUAGAAGUGUCCCACCACACCAGAUGAUAAUGCCCUACAACAUUGGAGGAAUUGGGCACCACCUCCCUUCAGAAUCUGAUGAACAAGAAGAUGGUGGUGGUGGUGGUGGAAUGGUGCAGCUUAGUAGUAGACCCAUCAGCUCCCAGCAGCAGCUAGUGAAGAAAAGGUUCAGGACAAAGUUCAGCCAGGAGCAGAAGGACAAAAUGCUCAACUUUGCUGAGAAGGUGGGUUGGAAAAUCCAGAAGCAAGAGGAGUCUGUUGUGCAACAGUUCUGCCAAGAGAUUGGGGUCAAGAGAAGAGUGCUCAAGGUUUGGAUGCAUAACAAUAAGCACAAUCUCGCCAAAAAGAAUCCCCCAACAACUGCUGCACCACCACCACCUUAAUUAUAAUUAUCCUUCCUUCACCCUUUCUGCUUUAUUAUUAUAUAUACUCCAUCCCUACGUAUGAUUAAUUAUUAGCCUAGCCGCAAGUGUUUGUUGACUUUCUUCAUCAAUUCCACUAUAGUAUCUCUCUAAUCAUCAUCUCUUGCAAUAUAAUUCUCUCCUGGCUGAUCUGUUUGAGUUCUCUUUACCUAAGACUAAGAAUAAACCCACCAUUUAGUAGCUCCAUCGAUCUAUAUCAUGUGCUCUAGUUUAGGAAAAUUGCAUUUGCAUUUGCAUUGCGUCAAGUUUUAAUUAGUUUCUGAGUGGUGUUUAAUUCUCUCAUCAACCUAGCUAGCAUUCAAGUGAUGAGGACAUGGAAUCUAUGCAAUGAAUAGACUCUCAGGUACCAUAUGUAUGUAUGUAUUAAUAGAAUUGCAUAGGGUCUUUCUAUGCUACUUUCUCUUUCACCUUACAAAUUCUGCUUCUGUUGUGCUGAUGCCGCUGCUGCUGCUGCUGCUGCAUCAUAUGUAGGACCUUAUGACAUCAUUUUUCAAGCGGUAAAAAAUGAUUUAUUUUCUUGCUC